UUUGUUUCUUCCACUCUUCCAUUUUCAUUCUCCCAUUCACAACGAUGGCCUUUGUGACUGCGACUGCUGCGCUGCACUGGAUGUGGUCGCGCGUCAAUGCGUUGAUAGCCCCUGCGACCUACCGCGCCGCCUCCUCCAAAGCGACUGCUUCUGGUGCCGAGAAGCCGCACGUCGUCUUUGUGCUCGGCGGCCCUGGCUCUGGCAAGGGCACCCAGUGCGAGCGCAUCGUCCAAGAGUUUGGAUUCGUCCACCUCUCGGCAGGCGACCUGCUGCGCGCCGAACGCGCCAAGCCGGCGUCCAAGAACGGCGAGCUGAUUGACAAGUACAUUCGCGAGGGCAAGAUUGUCCCCGUCCAAAUCACCUGCACGCUGCUCGCCGAGGCCAUGGCCCUCAACCCGACCAAGUCCUUCUUGAUUGACGGCUUCCCGCGCAACCAGGACAACGUUGCCGGCUGGGACGCCGUCGUCGGCCCGAGCGUCAACCUCGACUUUGUCCUCUUCUUUGACUGCCCCGAGGCCACCUGCGUCCAGCGUGCCCUCCAGCGCGGCCUGACCUCUGGCCGUACCGACGACAACAAGGAGUCGCUCACCAAGCGCUUCCACACCUACGAGAGCGAGACCAUGCCCAUCGUCAACUACUUUGACCGCAAGGGCCUUGUUCGCAAGAUUGACUCGACGCGCUCGGUCGACGAGGUCUUUGCCGACGUCAAGAAGGUCUUUGCCGCUCGCAAGUAAAACGUAGUUUUGUAGCAUUUUGGGAAGCAGAUGUUUUGCUGCUCAGUGCUGUGUUGGGUUUUUGUGACUUGUCUGUUUAUACAUUCACAAGAAAACAAAAUUGUUACAACCCGUUGAUGCUUUAUCAAAGGCAGCGUUCGAUUGCCAGCCUACAUUCAAAGGCGUAUUUUACAUGAAAAAAAAAAAAAAAAAAAAGCGCGCACCUUUCGAAAAACCGCAACCAA